UCGCAGACAGAGACCAGACUUCCGUCUUUAAAGUCUGUUUGCUCAAUAUGACAAAAUAAUUUUUUACGAUGUCUAAAUUGUUAAAGAAUUCACUAACGGCAUUCUCAUGUAUACAACCAGUCAGACAAUUGCAUAUCUCUACACAGUCAAAUAUGAACGUCCAAAACUUUGAGAAUAGGUCGAUACACUCGGACAACGUUGAAGAAGUCCACAAUGUGCCGAUGGAUGUUAUAAUACGUCCCAUUCCUCCUGUACUCGACGAGCAGAAGGUUCAGAGCCUUAUGAACACUAUAAAGGAUUCAGUGGACAUCCACAAGGUGCCUCCCAUCGACAUACUCUGGAUCCAAGGCAGAGAUGGAGGGAAUUACUACUAUUCUUUUGGUGGCUGUCACAGGUUUGCAGCAUACCAGCAGCUGAAAAUGAGUACAAUCCCUGCCAAGCUAGUCAAGUCAAACAUAUCAGAUUUACGGACAUACUUGGGUGCAUCAACUCCUGAUUUACGAUGAAGCUGGAUAACCAAAGUUUGUUUGUUUGUUUGUUUGUUUAUUCGCAUUUAUACAAUGAUUAAAACAAUAUAAAGAUACAAAAGAAGAGAAAAGAAAAAAAACAUGAAGGUGGGGCCAGAAACCUAUGUGGUUUUUCGUGGGGCCCACCCCAACAACUUAAUAGUCAAUAUUAUACAUUAAUCAAACUAAACAAAAUUUUCCAAGAUAAACAAAUGAAAUAAGUCGAAAUUUUACCAUAAAUUAUCUAUAUGAAUUAUAAGUUAAUUUCACGUGUGAAACAAAAGUGAAAACAAAGAGAAUCGUUGAAAUGUUACAAGAAAAUACAUAAUGAAACUCAUUUUAUAUCAUUGAACAUAAUAAAUACGUGAUCGAUACUAAAUAUAUUUAACAUAUUGCAAAAGAAAUGAGUCGAAAUGAUGCAUAGAAGUGUUUACAUGUAUAUCAGGUUGUCAAAUAUCAAAGAAAAGAAAAACAGAAAACCAAAACAAGGAAAACAAACCAGAAAACAACAAAUCAGGUGAAAGUAGUGCUUGGAUGUUCUAUGAAAUCUUUUUUUAGAAGUUUUUUGAAAACGGGGAAUGACAAGCAAGAUUGUUGCAGUUGGGUUAGAUUUUUCCAUAUGGUGGGGCCUCUAAACAUUAUUGUAUGUUGUUUUAGACUAGAUUUUGUCAUGAUUGGUCUUAACCCUUGUGUUAUCUUCGGGUCAUUCUGACCCAUCAGUCAUUGUGACCCACCGUCGUAUUGCGACAAAUUUACCUCAUACAAAAACAAAGUGAAGCAUUUUCUUUUAACUGUCGGGCUGUCUCAGACCCCCCACAUUGGAAUGGUUAAAAGAAAAUUAUUUUUAUUUGUUUUUGUAUUGGGUAAAAUUGGGUAAACACAACGAUGGUUCGUUAUGAACCUUUGGGUCAUGUGACCCGAAGGCAGCACGAGGGUUAAAAAAUUCUGGUGUCUUGUAUAGUGGUGGUGAAUAUCUGAGUUGAAGUUAAAAAGACUUUUGUAAUGUUGAGGUAGGUAAGCGCUAUUAUGAACAAUCUUAUGGACAAGUGUUUUUGUGAAACCCUUUGUAGACACUCAGAUGUUAACCCCAACAUUAUACCCACCGGGUACAAGUAUUAGUAUCCAGACAUUAUUUACCUAAAAAAGUAAUGGAUAAUGUCAGCUGUAUUUGAUGCAGAUGGAGCUCUGACCACUAGAUGGAACUAUAAGUCUUUAAUUUUACCAGGCACCUUUUAUAGCAAAAAUCCUGGACAAUGUUACUGGUUACAUACCCCUACAUUUAACAGUGAUGUCACUUAUUAUUCAUUAUUAAAGAAAAUGUGUA